GCAUUGUUGGCACCUGUUAUUGGCCAUAUGAUUACGCAUAUGAAUACCGGAAUAAGUUAUCACAACACAACAAACAUUUUGGUUUAAAGCUGUUGGCAAUUGAGAUCGUUUAUCACAAAGAAAGGAUCGGAUAAAUUCAUUAAUUUAUAUGAGGUAAAAAUGGCUGAUGAAGAAAAAGAACAAACUUUAGAAGAACAUUUAGCAGAGUGGCGAGCUUCCAUAGUGACUUAUCCUCCUCAUGUUCAAGCUGUCAUUGACAAAGUUAUUCCUAGUAGCGAUCCUUUGGAUCAACCAGAUUUUAAUCCAGUUGACUACAUAAAUACUCUUUUUCCAACCGAGCAGUCUCUAGUUAAUAUUGAUGAAGUUAUUAAUAAACUGGAAAAUGAAAGUAAACAAAUUAAUAAAGAAAUGCGCCAACUGAUUGGAGGACAAACUGGUAACACCCAAGAUGGAAAAAUAGCUCUAGAUAACACUCAAAAAGUUAUCAAACAAUUAUUUGGACAAAUUAAAGAUAUUAAACGAAUGGCUGAAGAAUCAGAAGAAACAGUAAAAGAAAUUACAAGAGAUAUUAAGCAAUUGGAUUUUGCAAAAAAAAAUUUGACUGUUUCUAUCACAACUUUAAAUCAUCUGCAUAUGCUUGUAGAAGGAGUAGAAACUUUAAAAGACUUAACAAAAAGAAAACAAUACAAAGAAAUAGUUCUACCACUUCAAGCUGUAAUGGAAGUGAUGAAAUAUUUUCAUAAUCAUAUGGAUACACCUCAAAUAAAAAAUGUUUAUGAUGAAAUAAAAAAAAUUCAUGUUGAAUUAGCUCAACAGAUAACAACAGAUUUCAAGGAAACAUUUACUGGACAGAAUGCUAAGAAUUUUGCUCAUCUAACUGAUGCAUGUCUUGUGUUAUCUGUUCUUGAUCCUAAAGUCAAGAAAGAGCUUUUACAAUGGUUUGUAACUAUGCAACUACAAGAAUACACACAUUUAUUUGAUGAGAACCAAGAAUUUGCUUGGUUAGACAAAAUUGAUCGCCGCUAUGCUUGGAUUAAAAAACAUUUAAUUGAUUUUGAAGCAAAAUUUGGCAAUAUAUUUCCACAGGAUUGGGAAGUAUCUGAACGCAUAGCUGUACAAUUUUGUUUUGUAACAAGAGAAGAUUUAUCAAAGUUAAUGCAUAAACGUACUGCUGAAAUAGAUGUUAAAUUACUAUUGUAUGCCAUACAGCGAACAACUAAUUUUGAAACAUUAUUAGCUAAAAGAUUUACUGGCAUUACUUUAGAAGAAAUUAAUAAAAAAGAAGGUAAAGCAGAUGAAAAAGAAUCACAAUCUGCAAAAACUGCUGCUGGCAAUCCUUUUGAAGAGACCACUGCGAAAAACCAGUCAACAGAAUCAGAUAUGAAGCAACUUGCCUCACCUUUCACAAAUUUAAUUGGACGUUGUUUUGAAUCAUAUUUAUAUAUUUACAUUGAAAGUCUUGACCGCAAUUUAGCCGAACUUUUAGACAAGUUUAUUGCUGAUUGUAAAACUCGGCCUCCCGGUGCAGGUGGAAUACACGAAACUGGUCAACAAGAAGGUCCAAGCAGUGUACUUUCUUCUUGUGCCGAUUUAUUUGUAUUUUAUAAAAAAUGCAUGUUGCAAUGUACCCAAUUAAGUUCUGGUGCUAUAAUGUUGAAUUUGGCAGAAGUUUUCCAAAAAUACCUUAGAGAGUAUGCUGUUAAAAUUCUCCAAAAUAAUUUACCAAAAAUCGGAGGUGGUAGUAUCGGUACAAGCGUCAGCAAUAUUACUCGCGAUUUUCGAGAUUUGUCAACAUCUGGGUUCAUUCAAAAUUUCCAAAGUUUUUUAAAAGAAGGUGAGAGCAGCAAAUUUAACAAAGAAGAACAGGCACGCAUUUGCUGCAUUUUGACGACAGCCGAGUAUUGUCUCGAAACUACACAACAGUUAGAAGAAAAACUUCGAUUAAAAACAGAUAAAAUGUAUGCAGAUAGGAUUAAUUUAUCUCAAGAACAAGACAUAUUCCAUGGUGUAAUAUCCAACUGUAUACAACUGCUUGUUCAAGAUUUAGAAUUAGCAUGUGAACCAGCAAUGAACGCAAUGAUAAAAAUGCAAUGGAGCUCGAUUGAAACUGUUGGUGAUCAAAGCGGCUAUGUCAGUACAAUAUUGUCUCAUCUUCGCCAAACCAUCCCCGUUAUACGAGAUCAAUUAUCAUCAUGCAGAAAAUACUUCACACAAUUAUGUGUUAAAUUUGUUUCAUCAUUUAUUCCAAAGCUAACACAGCAGAUAUUCAAGUGUAAACCCUUGAGCACCGUCGGAACUGAACAGUUGCUUUUAGAUGUUCAUAUGUUAAAAACAGCUCUUUUGGAUCUUCCAUCAGCAGGAUCUUCUGUUCAACGUAAGGCCCCAGCUAUGUACACAAAGGUUGUAAUAAAGGGUAUGAGCAAUGCUGAAAUGUUGCUAAAAGUUGUAAUGGCUCCGACAGAUUCUCCAAGUUGUUUUGCUGAUCAGUGUAAAAAGUUGUUACCUGAUCUCAAAAUUCCAGAAUUCCAAAAAAUCUUGGAUAUGAAGGGACUAAGAAAAACUGAGCAAACUCAAUUAAUUGAAGAAUUUAAACAUCGUAUUGCAAGUGAAGCAACAAACGAGACAAACAGUCAUCUCCCCCCAGAGAGCCCUGAACAUGAAGCUGGACGAAUUCAAAAAUUAGAAAAACUGAUAAAGAAAAGGAUGUGAAGUCCUUUUCUAUGCUUAUUUUUAGUAUUUUUGUAAA